AGUCAAGCCAUCCCAUGCCGACUUGGGGCCGAUGGCUUCCUUUGGCCAUCGGCUUCGGGGGUCUCCUCAGCUAUCGCCCCAGCUUCAUCGGCAUCCUGCGACCCCGCGCCCGGGCGGCCCACGCGGCUGGCGCGCUGCCAGAGACCUACGUGGAGGCGACCGGGGCGACUGAGGCGACGGAUGGCAGGGAAGGGCUCUACUUCCAGCGACACUCGCGGCUGGCGCAGCACCUCUUCGCAGAAAAUGGCCUCCGAAGUUUCGCCACCUGGCGUGACUGGUACCAGGCGCCCUGGUGGCUGCAGCAGGGCGACGUGAUGACGGUCCUGGCGGGGACGCUACGGGAGGUGCAGGCGGUGGCUUGCGAAACGCACUUCGUGGAGACCUUGGAUGGCGGCAUCUUGGCGCUGGAUGCCUUCUCCCUUCCGGGCACGGGCACGGCAGAUGAUGCGCCAGUGGCGGUGCUGAUUCCGGGGCUCGGGGGAAGUGCCAAUGGCGGCUACGUGAGGAACAUGGCGUUCUCCCUACUCCACCGCGGUUUCCACGUCCUGGGUCUCAACAUGCGCGGCGUGGGCGCAGCCAAGCUGCGCACGCCGCGCUUCGCCUCUGCGCACCGGGGGUCCACAGGAGAUCUGCGGGAGGCUGUGAGCUACAUCCGCAACACCUUGUUGCCGGGCCAAAGCCCCAGGAAGGUCUUCGCCAUGGGGUGGAGCCUUGGAGGAAACAUCGUGGUGAAUGCCUUGGCUGAGCAAGGCCCGGACCACCACGGCCCAGCGCAUCUGGACGGCGGCGUAGCGCUGUGCGCCACGCAUUGCCUGACACGCACUGCGCGGCAGUAUGACGAACAUUGGCCCAUGAGACAUCUCUACGAUCCCCACGUGCUGCGAAACUUGAAGAAGAUGCUGGAACCAGCCAUGCCGUUCUACCGCUCCGGCCCGGUCCCCUCCGCCGUGGCCGCCGACGCCGUGGCCGUGGAUCACCAGCGCAUCGCGUCGGCGACGCGCAUCCGAGAUAUCGAUGAAGCGCUGAUUCGACGGAUGUUCGGUUACAGCUCGGUGGAGGAGUACUACCAUCAGGCAAGCUGCUCCAGGCGCCUGGCAGAUGUCACUGUGCCGCUGCUGCUGAUCAGUGCGGCGGAUGAUCCCAUGACCACCAGCUGGGUACCGUUGGAGACGGUGCGAAGCAAUGAACAGGUCAUCUUGGCAUAUACCAAGCACGGUGGACACAUCGCAUGGCACGAUGAAAAGAAUGUGAGGAAGUCGCAUUGGGUGGAAGAUGGGGUUGGUUCUUUUCUGGAACGCCUCCUCACAUGGCAUGACGGCGAAGGCGAUGCCGUUGAGAGGAAGGGUGGCUUGCGCGAGAGUGCCGAGGACUUGUUGCGGAGGUUCUUGCAGCACGAGGUGCCGCAGCUGCAAAAUCGCCUGGCAGAGGCCGCCGAAGAGCGUGCGGCACUGCAACGGCGCACCUUAGAACGUGCCGCGCAGCCUGCGCCCCGCAGCGCCGGCGAGCGGACGCAGCCAAAGGAGGCGCCUCGCGCCUGUUUUCACAUCGUGAAGUCCAUCCUGGUACAAUCCAUCGAUAUUGCGGACAUGUCCACGGGGUUCAACGCCCCUGUGCCGCAAAUUUGUUUGCUUGUCAUCGUGGUGAUUUCCAUCUUGCUAUGCCAAAACUUGGCACAAGUGGAUCGCGGGCACAUUGCCAGACACGCUCUACAGCUGCAAGAACUCAUUUUCGCGCCCUCCAGCGAUGGCACGGCGCCGCCCACCGCAGCCAAUGCCGGCACCGCCGAUGUCGUGCCGGAAGUGGCAGUGGAGACGAGCUCCAGCACAAUAGCACCGCUGGUGGAAGAGAAGAAGGAGCGUGGCAAUAGCAGUGACCCGGGUGCCGUGGAGUGGUUCGACUCCAGCUACUUCGCGACGGUGCCGCGCGAGAAGACGCUGAAGUGCCCGUUGGAGGCCACAGUGAAUCAGUGGAACGGACGCCUGGGGAACCACAUCCAUCAGAUCUUGAACAUGGUGCUCUUCGCGCAUUUGUGUUCAAUUGCCGAAGUCCACUUUCCCAAACAUCAGGACAACACGCACGCCUACAGCCACCAGAUUGGUUUGCUGGACAUGCCAACCACCCUGAGCUUUCCGCCGCGAGAGCAGAUCCUCAAUCAUCCCUUGAAGUGUCCUCGUCAUUCUAGACACACACAUCCUUGGUUUGGCAACUACUGUUUCACAAAUACACCCAUGUGGGUCUAUCAUCAGCUGGCCCUGCACUUUGUUCGCCCCUACUUGGGGGACUACAUCCGGGAGUGCCUCACGAUCCCGGAGGACGCCGACGCUGAGCAGACCCUUACGGUGCACAUGCGCGCAGAUGACGUGGCAAAGUAUCCGGAGUAUUCCUGGGGCCAGCCGCCCUGCAGUAUGUAUGAGAAGAUCAUCAAGGAGAACAAGUUCUCCCGCAUAAUUUUCGUCAAAAAGGGGGAUGCGCCCUGUGCAAAACGCUUGUUGGCAGUGGCAGAGGAGGCUCAGAUCUCGGUGACGUAUCCCCCAGCCUUUGAUGAGACGAAUUUCAAGCCCUGGCACAUGCGGAUCUUCUAUCGGGAGACUCACAACUUGGCCACGGACUUCUGCACGCUCAUGCGCGCGAGGCAUUUGGUGCUGUCAUAUUCCACCUUCUCAGUGUCUGCUGCGCUGCUGAGUACAUCCAUCAAGACCAUGUACCGAAGGCGUGAGGCCCUGUGGGAAAGCUACCUGAAGUCGCCGGGGAUCAACUGCAACACCUGGCCCGGCGUGACGAUGUAUGACUACGGCAUCCAAAUGUGGGGGAUCCAUGAUGGGAUCCAUGGAAUAGCUGAUGGGAGGAUGGAUUUUCCACGGUUUUUUUGUUGGUUUUUUUUUAAAUGGGUGAAGAUCAAUGUCCACACGGUGCGGAAGAUGUUGAUUUUCGUGACCUAA